CAACCUUUCUUUCCCUCUGUGUUAAGCUACUGCCUGCCUCAUCCCAGUCUAGAUACUUUAUAUUUAUACCCCUGUCCUGCAAGAAAACCAUUUCCUCUUGGCUCCUGUAAAUUAAAGCAAUGGAGCUCCCAGCCUUCCACACUUACCAAUAUGUCUUCCCUUCUCAUCUCCUUUAUCCAUAUCACUUGGCCCCUGAAAACUACGUCCACUGGACUGAGACCCCAGAGUCUCACAUUUUCUCUGCUGACCUCCCUGGUGUUAGGAAAGAGGAAAUAAAAGUAGAAGUAGAGGAUUCAAUAUACCUCAUAAUUCGAACACAGAGAAUUGAUGAAGCCACAGAGCCCAGCAGGAGCUUUAUGAGGAAGUUUCGGAUUCCAGGUAGGGUUGAUCUCGAAAGGAUUUCAGCUGGAUAUGAAGAUGGAGUAUUGACAGUCACAGUGCCAAGAUCUUUAAGGAGGACUUUUUAUAUUGACCCAGCUGAUGUCCCAGAACGGCUUGAAGUUCUUGCAAGGGCUGCUUGAUUUCAAACAUGGCAAUUAUUAUGUUAUAAUUAGGUGCUAAGUUCUAAUUGUGGGAUAUUAUUUUUUCCUAAGCGCUGGUGGAUUGUGCUGGAUUUGAGUUCUCACAUUCUUGUACGAACGUUUUAGAUCUGUUCUAUUGGUUUCUCUCAAAUUUCUUGUCAUACAAACUGAUGAGAGUGAUGUUUCAUUUCCAAUGAAGGAAAUAUAACCAUAUAUGGGAAAUUGAAGACAGAAGAUAAAACUAGUG